AUGGCAGGUAGAAAUGUCAUUCCCAACAAUAACCAUACCAACCCCGACCAAACAGCCACAACAGAUCAAUCAAGUCCAGGCUCAUCCGAAGACUCAUUCCAUUCCGCAACUGAAACUCUCCCCACUCCCAUUCCCAACACUACAAACUUCAAGCAUCUAAUAGCAACCAUACAUCAGAGUCAGCCAAACGAUGAUUCCGAAGCACAGGAAACAGAUGCGUUGUUGGAUGGGCACGAAGUUGUAGAAGAUCAGAAUGUGCACAUACCAACUGGAUCGUUGGGAUCGUCGUUUCUGAGUGUCUCGAAUACAAUAUUGGGGACGGGAAUGCUUGCUAUGGCAAGUAUAUACUACUUUCACCCAUCAGCAAUCGCAUCACUCGGCGUCGGUCUCGGCGCGAUAAUGAUUACUGUAUCUGCUACAUUCGCUGCAGUCGGCUUGACAAUGCUUGUAUCAUGUGCACACAAGAUGGGGAUUCCAUACCGUCGCACAUCGUCAUUCUUUACGAUUGCACAGGCCACGUACCCUGCUGCUGCGAAAUGGUUUGAUGCUGCUGUGGCGGUGAAAUGCUUUGGAGUGUCGGUGUCGUAUCUGUUUAUUGUUGGUGAUCUGAUGCCCAAAGUCGUAUCAGGUUUCGCACCGACCACACCACAAGACGCAUUCUACGCCACGAAACUAUACUGGAUUUCCAUCGGUGUAGCGCUUAUAGCGACACCUGCAUUCUUCAGGGACUUGUCGUCGCUACGAUACACGUCAAUGAUUGCAUUGUCGAGUGUCGCGUAUCUGGUUGUGCUGGUUGUCACGCUGGCCUUUAAGCCGUUAGACGGUAUGCCGCAUAGAAUGAAGUGGGAGGAUAUCGUGUGGUUUAAGAUGGAUGUCAAGUUUUUCACGGCGCUCCCUAUAUUGGUGUUUGCUUUUACGUGUCAUCAAAAUAUCCUGACAGUAUACAACGAACUACUCGGCAACACGCCCAAACGAAUGUCAAUGGUGAUAUGCUCUGCAGUACCCAUGGCAUUCUCUAUAUACCAAGUGAUUGGUAUUACUGGAUACGUCACUUUUGGACCUGAUGUGAAGUCUAAUAUCAUUGCGAAUUACCCAACAAACAGCCCAUUCGUAACAGGCGGCCAACUCGCAAUCGCCAUCCUAGUCCUGGUCUCAUACCCGCUCCAAAUACACCCGGCACGAGCAUCACUAGACAGGAUUAUUGGACGGCGUGUCGAUCCAACGAGCCCUAUACCCGCACUACGGUUUACCGUGCUGACGACUGUACUUGUGCUGUCUGGGUACCUGCUUGCAGUGUCUGUAAAGAGUCUUGGAUCGAUACUGGCAUUCGUAGGCGCAACAGGGUCAACAACCAUAUGCUACAUCCUGCCUGGACUGCUGUAUCAUCGGUUAAUGCUCAACAUGGAUCCGGAGAAAUCGGUGUGGGCGAGGAGAGCAGCGUUUGGGAUGGCAGGGUUGGGACUUGUUAUUAUGAUUGCAUGUUUGGCGGGACAGAUGGUGCCACAUGGUGGUGACGUUGCACCGCAUUUCUUUACGUAUUGA